AUGGAGGGAUCCCGUCUUCAAGUGUCCAAGAGCCGAGUCUUCAAAAGCUCGAGCCACCUGGACCUGCAGACCAAGCGGGAUGAGGAAGAGAAGGUGAACAAGCCGAAGACGCCCAAGACACCGAAGACGCCGAAGACUCCGGGGUCCCGAGAUGCCAUGCAGGCGACGCACUUCGCGAAGCAGCGCAUCGCCGCCCUCAAGCGCUUCCUCCCGACGCCCGUCUCCGCGCAGAAGGCGCUCAAGGAGGCGCUGGAAGCCGAGGAGGAUCCCGGAGAGGUUUCCAUGGGCCGGCCGCCGGCGCCGGAGCCAGACCCGGACCGAAGCUCCGCCCUGCUCCGAGCCAUGGAGCAGAGCCCGCUCUUCGAAGGCUGCGCUGCUGAGUUCCUGGAGGUCCUGCUCCGAGAGUCGAAGCGGAAGUUCUUGGCUCCCGGUGAAGUCUUGAAGCUCACGGACUGCGGAUCUUUGUUCCUGGUGGAGACGGGGGCCGUUCGCUUCCAGGUGGGCGACGAGAAGCAGAUCUCGCUUCAGGGGCGUGGCCAGUUCAUCAACGGGGCCGGCUUCCUGCGGCUGCUUGCGGAGGGGAAGGUCUUCAAGCAGCGCCUGGGAGCUGGCGGCCUGGCCCUGCGGCCGAAGGCAGCUCGACAGCAAGGCUAUGAUGUUCACGGCUAUAGCGGAUUACCGCCUAUCAUCUACGUGGACUUUCGGGGCCCGCCACAGCAGCCGGAGGAGUAUAGUGGGCCAGAUGAUGUCACUAUGGCCUUCUUCAACACAUGUCCGUAUUCCUGCAGGAUGAGCACUGACCCUCCAGUGGCACAGGGCUGGCUGAGCCUGACAGUCACCGGAGCAGCAGCCGGCGAACAUCCCGCCAAGGCUGGUGCGUCCCUGCCAGCAGGUGGAGCCACGGUGCUGGCGUUGCCGCCUUUGCAGAAGAUUCAAGACAUGCUCGAUCGUAAAUGUGGGGAGGCUGAGGUGACGAUGAAGAUGCUCGGAAACUUUGGUUUGAACUGCGAGGAAGUGACCUCUGUCUGGACCGAGAUGAUGAGCCGCUUCAUCCUGACCGUGUUCCCUGGUGCACCCUUCGAGGCCGUGUACACCCUCGCCGAGGGCUCGAAACGGUGCUUCGUUCCGAAGGGCUCGAACGUGGUUGUGGAGGGUGAAACUGGAGAGGAUGCAGAUGCAUUGGUUAUCAUCGUGAAUGGAGUUGCUUCUGUGCUCAAGAAGGUUCAAGAGGUGGAUGGCACGGCGGAGCAGCAGACGGUGGGACGUCUUCGUGCCGGUGCCAUCAUUGGCGACAUCAGUUUGAUUGGAGCUCUGGUUCCACGGCCUGCCUCUGUCCGUGCGAAGACCGACGUAGAGGCCGUGGUAAUUCCGGGCCGUGUCAUUCUGAACGUGCUGGCAGUGUAUCCUGCAUUGCUACAUCCUGCGACAGACCGUCUCGUGGAUGUGGCAGAGUGCAUCAAGGAGCGCUUGUUGACAAAGACGGAGGUCGCGAGCUCGCUGAACUUGUUCUUCGGCUGCGACCUGGGCUUCGUCAACGACGUGGCCAGCAGCGGGGAGCGGCGCCUGCUCUUCGCUGGAGAGACGGUCGUGCAGCAGGGAGGCACUGCCGGGACCCUUUUCGUGCUGGAGCAUGGCCGUGUGAGCAUCCAGAUCGCUGGGCUUGGAACUGUGAACGAAGUUCCGGCCGGAAACUGCUUCGGUGAGCGGACGCUGAUCGGCAUUGCCAAGGAGGCGAAUGCUACGGUCCGGGUUUUCACUCCCUUCGCGCUUGUGCUGGCGAUUGCCAGGCCUUCUCUGCACAAGGCCCUCAAGAAGCACCCUGUUGAGACGGAACACUUUGAGAAGCUGAAGACCUCCCCACAGGGCGGCCGCAUCUCCGGCAGCAAGGUCCGCCACGUAGAGCUCUUCCGGGCCUGCGGGACGGGCUUUCUGGAAGCCUUGAACGCCCGCGUGACCUCUGCGAUGUAUCUGCACGGGCAGACGGUGGUCGUGGAGGGCUGCGUCGAGCAAGAUCCGUGCAUGUUCGUGCUCUCAGGCGGCAUCGUCGUUGCGGAGCGCGGCGGCUGCGCCAUCGCCCGCAUCUCGCCUGGGGCAACCUUCGGGGAGCUGGCGAUGUUGGGUCAGUCGCCUGAGCGUGCUGUCACUAUCCGAGCGGUGACGCUCUGCUUCCUGAUGAGCAUCCAAUCCUCGGUGUUUCAUCAGGCUCUGGAGCAGUUCCCAGAAGAGAAGGAGCGCUUCAGCACUGACAUGCUGGAGGGUCAGAAGGAGGGGCCCCGGGUGGUCUGGCCUUGCCUUAGAGGAGAAUCUUCGAGACUGCUUUACCUGCUGGAUCUCUAUGCGGAGAAGUUCUCAUGCGAAGCCGGCGACAAGCGCCUUGGCCAAGCGCCCUUGAAUGAGGCCGCAAUCCUGGUGCUUGACGGAGAAAUAUCGGUGCUGACGCAAGAAGGGGAGGAGCUUCAGGUUCUGACGGCUGGCUGCUGCUGGAACGAGCGCAUCCUGGCCGGAGCCAGAGCCAAGCAGACCGAGCGCUUGGUUCCCAUCACGUUUUGCGAGGUCCGGGUGGUGACCCGGGAGACCUGGGGCAAAGUGAUGGCCGAGUUCCCAAGCGACCUCGGCAAAGUGAGGGGCUCCAUCCUCCGCUACAUGGGCGAGCAGGCAGAAAAGCGCCUGGGUUAUCCGCCAGGGUCCCCGGCCCUUCUGCAAGAGAAGACUGCGUUCUUCUCGGCAGUCUCGCCAGAAUUUGCAAGGUUAGCCCGUGAGAUGUCCGAGACGAGGAUCGUCGAGCCUGGAUGCGACAUCGUGCCAGACUCGCUUGUGAACGAGGUGGUGAGUCGCCACGUCGACAUGGAGGCAGAGACCGAGUCGACGCUGGAAAAGUUCCAAAUCAUCGAGGAGUCCAAAGAAGGUGAGGAUGAUGAUGAUGAGGAGAGCCAGGACGAUCUCGUGCAGGAGAUGUACGUUUUCCUGCAUGGUUCGGCCACUUGCUUCAGCUCUUUGACCGGCGAGCGGAGCUGGAGACACGGAGAGGUCAUCGGCGAGGGCGCCUUCGCAGGAGCAACCAGGCUUUAUCCGGCGAGGAUCGUGGCUGACACCGUCUGCCUCAUUCAGGUGUUGCGGCGGAAAGAGAUCUUCGAGGCCAUGGCGGAGCGCUCGGGCCGGGACAAGGAGUUGCUGGAGCGGCUGGUGAAGGAGGCACAGCCCUACGGCAUGACGCAGCUCCGAAAGAGGCUCCAACGCAGUUGGUCUUUUCGCAAUGCUGCGCCGGCUUUCGCCAACUCCUUGGUAACGCUCCCGGACGUGGUGCUUUUCCCUCCCAACAGCCUCAUCACAGAACAGGGCGAUGAGUGUAAACUUGGACAAAGCGACUUUUACCUCGUGCUGGCUGGACGGGUGAAGGUCGAGGGCGCGGUUGGCACACACUUCAGCACCGUGGGCGCUGGGCAGGUCUUCGGAGAGGUGGGUGCCUUCGGCCUUUCCAAGCGACGGACAGCCAGUGCUCGCACCUGGGAGGAGGGGUUGGUCUGCUGCCUCCGCUUCCGCGGCACCGUUGUCAAGGCCGCGGCCUUCGCGUUUCCGUUGGACAAGGACAAGUUGGCAACGAUCUGGAAGCGGACGGAGCUGAAGAACCGCAGCACCGAGCUGGAGCGGCGGGAGUGGAUCAAGACGACGGCGAUCCCAGCUUUGGCACAGACUCCGCUGCUUGGGGGCUGUCCGCCGUCCUUCUUCCACAGCUUGGCCGUGCUCCUCAAGGAGCAAAGCUACAAGCCCGAGUCCUUGAUCGUGAAAUGCGGCGAGAAACUCGAGAGCAUGAUGAUCUUCAUCCAGGGGACGGCCCAAAUGAAGACACGCGUGGGCGACGAGAUCGGGGUGAUGCGCAAGGGCUCCAUCUUCGGGGAGACCAACGGCUUGGGCCUCUUCCAGAGUUCGAUGGCCACGGUCCAGGUCGGCACAGAGAAGCUUCGGCUCCUCCUGCUGCCGCACCUGGCGAUGAAACAGGCGCUUGCAACUGCGGCAGCAAAGUCCGAGGGCAUCACAGAUGCCUUCGAGAAGCUGGUCGCAGGGCGGCGUGAACAGGUCGAGCGCGGAGUCCCCUUGUGCGCCAUGGGCAUCCUGGCCCAGAAGAGCGACGUCCGGGUGCGCGCGAUCGCGCUGCUCGCCGAGCGUGUGGAUCUGGAGACAGGCGAGGAGUGGGCGCCCAUCGCCGAUUCCGAGCCUUCCGGGCCCUUCUUCGGCGUGCUCGCCGCAGGUCGAGUCAUGGUCGAGAUUGGCCCUGACCGUCACAUCGUGCUGCAGUUGACUGCAGGUGCCAUCUUCCCCGAGGGGCUCUUGGCCACCUACGGUGCUGUGUGCCGAGCAGAGACCUACUGUGAAGCUUACCGCGUGCGCUGGCACGACUUCUACAUGGCUGUCGGCCUGAGUACUCCAGCGGCCAACGACUGGUUCUGGAAGUUCCGGGUACAAGAGAAGGGGACAGUGGAGCGACUCACGCGGAGGCUUCAAUCGGUCCAAGGCCUCCUGGACGUGAGCCUCCCGCAUGCCAAGGAUGUGGAGAUCAAGGCCUGGAAGGACCAGCGAGGCCGUCGCAUGAGCCAGGCGAAGCGGAGCGACAGCCACGUCAUCUUCGAGGCCUUGCCACGGGCUCCACUUCCACUCCUUGCACCCGCCACCAAGAAGUCCUUGUCGGAGCUGAAAUCCGGGAUGCCAGAUUGGGAAGCACAAACAGGUCUCUUGGCAUAUUCAGGUGGCAGACUUCUGCUGCCGAAGCUGGAUGAGAAAGGUAGCAAGCUGCUGCAGUCCAAGUCCGAGCCGACGCUUGUGGAGAAGAGCUGA